AUGCAGUUAGAGAAGCCCAUCCACCAGGUCGCCUCUCCAGAGCCUGAGCUCCGAACGAGAAAACCUCCACUCCCCCACAAGUUUGUUUCUGUGGGUCCGGGUGGAAAGUGCUCUUUCAACGAGAUCAGUGGCGUGAACAUGGCGAACACAAUAGAUAUUCCAGUGUUGAUUGUUGGGGGAGGAUCAUGCGGUCUCACGCUAUCAACUUUCCUAUCAGAUCAAGGCGUUGACCAUGUCCUAUGUGAGCGACACCUGAGCACAUCGAUACUCCCAAAAGCGCACAUCAUCAAUCAGCGAACAAUGGAGAUCCUACGUCAGCACGGCAUGGUGGAUGCGAUUGAGAAGGAGGCGACGCCGCCGCAACAGAUGUGUCAGGUUCUGUGGCAGACAUCCUUAGCUGGGGAUGGGCCGCUGGAUAGAAAAGUCCUAGGCUCUCUGGAUACAUGGGGCUGCCAGGUUGGCACUGAACGAUAUGCAACCUACAGGCGUGACGCUCCUCAUAUGCCGUCAAAUCUUCCGCUGCUUUUCUCCGAACCGAUAUUUCGCGCCGCUGCUGAGAAACGAAACCCUGGAAAAAUCCUUUUUGGCCACACCGUGACUGACUUUAAAGACGAGGGAGAUCAUGUCAUGGUCAAUGUCCAGAGCAAGGAGGGAGACUUCAAGCUGUAUCGGGCAAAGUACCUUAUUGGCGCGGACGGGGGCAAAUCAGUUGGCCCGAAAAUUGGCGUGCAGAUGGUCGGUCCGACUGGCAUCAGGCAGAUUUCCUCUAUCCAUUUCAAGGCAGAUCUGUCCAAGUACUGGGACGAUCGAACCUGCAUGACGCAUUUCAUUAAUCCAGAGCUUGGCACUGGCCUUCGCAGUGGGUCCAUACUGCCAAUUGGGCCGACAUGGGGACGACAUUCCGAACAGUGGAUGAUGAACUUCGUGGCAAAGGUUGAUGAGCCUCUCUUCAAUGAUGAUGCGGCCGCGAGUGUCGUUCGCAACCUUUUGAAGCUCCCACAACUAGACGUGGAAAUCAUGCGUCUGAGUACUUGGGUGGUGGAGAGAGUUCACGCAACUAAAUAUCGAGAGGGCCGUGUCUUCAUCGGAGGCGACUCAGCACAUAGACACCCCCCUACAACUGGGCUUGGUCUGAACACCGCAAUCGGUGAUUCUCACAACCUUGCGUGGAAGCUGGCCUACGUCCUGAAAUGCAAGGCUGAACCGACCAUCCUUGACACUUAUGAGCCAGAAAGACAGCUUAUUGGCAAGCGCAACUGCGACUGGGCAUUUUUCACGUUCAAAUGCCAUGCUGUAAUUGCAGCGGCGAUGGGUCUCCAGGAUGGAAAGCCAGAGGCUAACAAAGCGCACUUCGCGAAUAUGUUCGAUGGGAGUUCGGAGACAGGUCGCGCAGCCCGUGCGCAGCUUCAAUACAUCAUAAACGGACAAGAAAUAGAGUUUGGGGCUCACGAAAUGGACCUGGGUUUCUUUUACCCUCAGGGCUCGAUAGUGUCAGACGGGACCAGCCCGCCUCCCGAACACCCGCGACAUCAGGUAUACACACCCACUACGCGGCCUGGGCAUCGUUUACCACAUGCAUGGAUCGGCAGAGAUGGGAAAAUCUGCUCGACGCACGACCUCGUGGGCAGCAAGGGCGACUUUCUUCUCAUCACUGACGGCGCCGGUCAGCCCUGGAUUGAGGCUGCAAAGAAGGCCAGCGCAGAGUUAGGCGUUGGGAUCACUACUGCACAGAUAGUUGAGCCACGACAAUCUGCCUCCGAUGACGAUUACGUCGACAUCGAGUCACAUUGGACAUCUGUGAAGGACUUUGGGGCUGGCGGUGCGAUUCUUGUCCGCCCUGAUACCAUGGUGGCGUGGCGGUCCUUUGGACCAGGCGCCCCGGAGCUCCUUUCCCAGGGCUUGGCUAGUAUUUUGGGUUGGAAAGGUGUAGAGAAGCACCGGUAG